CGUCCAGUCUAAUCGAACUUCAGUAAACGACGCGUUGACAAUAAACGCGAUAAAACAAUAAAAAUCGAUUUGCAAAACUAUCUUCAACUAUUCCCCAUAUAAAAAUUAAAUCAAAAAUUCGAUAAAUUAUUGUAAAUUUAAUUUAAAGUAUAACAAAAACUGCUUCAAAAUGAAUUGCUUAGCUGGAUUACUUAACAUUCUACUAUAUAUUAUUAAUAUAGUAUUUUUGGUGGUCGGCAUCCUGCUCAUUGUGCUGGGCUCGAUAAUGCUCUCUCACAUUAAUCAGUUCAAUGGAAUAGAACAGCUGAUGGACACCAAUGUCAUUCCCAUAUGUAUUACCGUUCUUGGCGUGCUCAUCUUCAUCGUAUCCUUCUUUGGCUGCUGCGGAACAUGGCGUCAAAAUGCCUGUCUGACUGGAACGUACGCUACCCUGAUGUUUAUCCUCUUCGUGCUGCAAUUGGUGCUCACCUGUUGGGUCGCUGUCAAUCGUCAGUCCUUCCUGCAGGAUAUGCGUGAUCUGGUGAAUACGAUUUGGGAUGAGAACACCUCGGCGAAUGGUUAUCCCAUGGGUGCAUUGGAGCUGACCUUUGACUGCUGCGGUGAUGUCAACUACUCGGACUAUUUCACCAGGGGCCAAACUGUGCCCGGCACCUGUUGCGGUGAUACCAACCGUGCCCAGAGCUGCCCUGCUGACAUCUAUGAGAGCCGUGAAGGUUGCAAUCAGAAAUUUACCUCUUUUUGGACCGAUAACACCAACAUUAUUCGCUGGGCGGGUCUAGGUAUUUGCAUUUAUGAGUUUUUAGUUUUCUUGUUGGCUGCUGUUUUGGCCAACAGCAUGCGCAGAUCGAAUGCUGGAAUGGCUUAAAAUAGAUCAAAAAUAUACUUGUUUUUAUCAUUGUUUAAUAAAUAUAAAUACUUGUACAAUAAAAAUAUAUUUAUUUCAUA